AUGGCAGCUCCACUCCACCUCCAUUCUUCUCAAGCCUCCCCCCUCCCAAACUCCAUCAAAGAGCUCUCAGACAGUGCUGGCCUUUCUUCUAUCCCUUUUCUCUAUGCCUCCCGAAGCUCCGAAGCACUUCUGACCGAUGUCGUGGAACAUGAAGUCCCAAUAAUCGAUUUCUCGCUACUGAAAAAAGGAACACCGGACCAACGUUCUCAAACGGUCCGGGACCUCGGCAAGGCCUGCGAAGAGUGGGGCUUCUUCAAGGUUGUGAACCAUGGUGUGCCAGAGAGGUUGAAAGACACCAUGGUUGAUGCAUUAGGAGGAUUUUUUGAUCUAACGGAGGAGGAAAAAGGGGAGUACACUAGGAAGCAUGUGAUGGAUCCAAUUCGGUGUGGCACUAGCUUCAAUUUAAACGUAGACAAGUUUAGGUUUUGGAGGGACUACCUCAAGGUAUUUGUGCAUCCAGUGUUCCAUUCUCCAGCAAAGCCCCACGGUUUCAGGGAAAUAUCGCAAGAGUACACUACAUGCAUGAGAGUGCUGGCCAUGGAUCUCCUCGCGGGAAUAUGGGAGAGCUUGGGACUAGAGGAGAGCAACCUGACCACGGCCUUGGACCUCCACUCUUGCUUCCAAAUCUUCAUUGGUAAUUACUACCCACCAUGCCCACAGCCAGAGCUAGCCAUGGGCCUCCCUCCCCACUCCGACCAUGGCCUCCUUACGAUCCUCCUCCAAAAUGGCGUAGAUGGCCUCCAAUUGAAGCACAAAGGCAACUGGGUCAAUGUCAAGCCCCACCCCAACUCUUUCCUUGUCAACACCGGUGAUCACAUGGAGAUUAUAAGCAAUGGAAAGUAUAAGAGCGUGGUGCACCGGGCAGUGGUAAAUAGCAAAAGCACGAGGAUAUCGAUCGCAAAUGCGAUAGGGCCAUCUCUGGACGCAGUUGUUGUGCCUGCCAUGGAGCUAGUGAGUGAUGGGGGCAGUUCAGUGGCUUAUCAUGGCAUGAGAUAUAGGGAGUUUAUUGAACAUCAGCAAGCUAACCCGCUCAAGGACAAGUCUGUUUUGGAUCGUAUAAGACUGUAGGGCAAGUAAUAUCUGGGACAAUUAAUGGUUAUGCUGUGCUUAUGGAUGUAUGGAAGACAUAUUUGGAGACUGUUGUUUAUGCCUUACUCUUUAGUAAGUUAAUUAACAUAUGCUAAAUGUCACAU